UCGUUAUCCAUUACCAUUUGACACUUGCGCUGAUUGGUCGCCGAGUCGCCGCAAAAUACGUGUAGCCAACAUUACGGCAGUAUCGUUCCGGUCGCCCGCUGUCGUGGAGUCGGUGAAGUGAGUGGUGGAAUUUUUACGUGUGUAACAUCAAAAAAUGGCGUCUGGUGUGACAGUCUCGGAUGCGUGCAAAACGACGUACGAGGAGAUAAAAAAGGACAAGAAACACCGCUACGUGGUGUUCUAUAUUCGCGACGAGAAGCAAAUCGACGUCGAGACCGUCGGCGAGCGUAAUGCCGAAUACGACCAAUUCCUGGAGGAUUUGCAGCAGGGUGGCACUGGAGAAUGCAGAUAUGGCCUUUUCGACUUUGAAUACACGCACCAGUGCCAAGGCACAUCGGAGGCGAGCAAGAAACAAAAGCUGUUCCUCAUGUCAUGGUGCCCCGAUACCGCCAAGGUUAAGAAGAAGAUGUUGUACUCCAGCUCUUUUGAUGCCCUGAAGAAGUCGUUGGUCGGCGUCCAGAAGUACAUCCAAGCGACCGACCUCUCCGAGGCGUCUCAGGAGGCCGUUGAAGAGAAACUGCGCGCCACCGACCGCCAGUAACGCAUUUACACCAUCGAGCGGCGCCCCCACUUAGUCUUAACGAUAAACGAGCCUCCACCUACAAGUUUUCAUACUCAAUACUCACGGCCGCCGAAAAUUAAUUACAAGAAAGUAACCAUUACAUACUUUGAUUAUCAGUUCUGUUACGUACGGGAAUGACGCCUGUCAGUUUUGGUACGCACUGGCACUUUGCCAGUUUCAUUAUGUAUCAGAACUACAGCUGUCACAUCUGUCACGUACAGGUACCACAAGUGUCAGUUUCUUUACCAAUGUCUUUAUGAACGACAUUUUAACAUUAACACAAUGGGGAAAAUAAAUAAAAAUUUGUAUAUGGAUGCGAGUUUUCAAAUCGUAGGAGU